CUUAGAUAACUGUAAAUGUUCAUCUUUUAGAAGUAACCUCAAUAAUUCUGUGCAUGUCAUGAUGCAGAGUGAUUAAUCAUGGCGUAAGUUAUUCCAUUAUGAAGCAUGAACAAAGACAAUACUUCCCUUUUUUGAGGACAUAAAAAGCAAUAGCGGCCCAAGAGCAGCAAACAGUUUGUGGAAUCUGAUAGCACACAGGAUCCCUCAGCAAACAUGCACCUGUCCUCAGCAUCUCAAAGAAUGUUCUGUUUGUUUUCUUUGGUUAUAUUCCUGUGUGCUUUUACAUCAGGAGUGAUCUCUCAUGACCCUAAAAAGCCAACCUGCUGCAGGAAGCUCACGAAUAAAGAGCCAGUGGUCAAAAUCACAAGUUGUUACAUCCUUCCAGCAACACGCAAAUGUCUUGCGGCUGUAGUGUUCCUUGAUAAAAAUAACAGGUUGCACUGCAUUAAUCCUGAGGCUCCAUGGCUCAGUGAAAGGAUCAAACGUCUAGAACAGAAUGGUGUGACAUGUGAAGAUUAUACUAAAUCUAAAGAUAAAGACAUGGUGGCCAAACAUGUGUGAACUUCAACCAGAACUUGGUCUUCACCAGCCACACCAGCAAGGCUUCUUUUCCAUCUCUGUUAGCCAGACAAGCUACACUGUACUACACAAUUCUGCUCUAAACCGUAAAUACACACGGCUCUUCUACGCUGGAAAAAAUAUGUUGAACGUAUUGCACAAAGGAAACAAUCUGCAGUUCGCUUUCACACUUAGCUGCUGUGCAGUCUAAGAAUGGUUAUGCCUUUGUCUUUUUAUUUAUUUUUCAAAUACUGAUGUUCUAAUUUUAUUUAUAAUGCUUAACUUAUAAAUCCUUAUUUUCUUUUUAGAAUUGAAUGUAUUAUGCAUUUGCUAUAAGUACUGUUUUUUGUUUGUUUAAUAUAUUUAAUUUGUUUUUAAUUUAACAGAGUAUAUAUUUAUUUUCCUAUUAUGACUUA